GGCUUAUACUGGAGUAUUUAAAGACAGCAGUUUACACAAUCAGCCUGGUAAAUGUACAAUUAUUAAACUAAUAAUAAUAAUAACUGGACCUUUAAAUCUGGGAAAAACAAACAAAGGAGAUGAGAUGCAUAGUCCCCUCUUUAUCAACCACAGCUGCAGAGAGGGUCAGCAGCACAAAGUUCCUGGAGGGCAAAUCAUACAGGUUAAACCUGAACUGGUCCUGCAACACAAUAGCUCUUAAUGUUCAUAGGCAGGAAAAGUGAUCUCGCCUGUUUCAGCAUGACAACAUUCUACACUGGAAAUACUGAAGCAUCACGACACACUGCAUCACUGUCUGGUUUGAGAACUGUGCAGUGGCUCAGAAGAAAAUCUGGAGAGCAGCAGAACAGAUCAUAGAUACGUCUUCUCCCACACUUGCCUUACGGAUAAGGGAAGGAUAAAGCCUGUUUUGGGAGUCAUGGGUCUGCUGCUUGGAUGGAGAAUCUCAAAAAUCCGACUGUUCACCAUCAUUCUGGCACUGAGCAUUUUCAUCAUGGCUUUACAUUUUUUGCCAUGGAUCAAGACAGAACUUCUAAACACUUCUGGGCCCCCUCAGCCCAUUGGUAUGGCUGUCAGGGCUGAGGGGGCGGGAAAUGUUCAAGUUCCACUUGUAAACAGUGUAAUAGAUCUGGAAGUGCUGGUGAAACUGGUCAGCACCAAACUGGAGUAUGCACCCAGGAAGCUGCCAGAGGAAGCGGAAAUAAUAGAAGCGGAGCCUGAAUUGUUCUCUGUAAUUCCUCACCAAUUCCUUCCAAACCUCUUGAACCCUUGCUGGUAUGAGGAGUCAUUUGAAAAUGUUAAAUCACAACACAGGAUUAAGUUCCACCAGCAAGGUGACAAACUGUUUCAUCUGCGUUGCCUACCAUACGUUUACAUCAUCGGCCAACCAAAGUGUGGCACAACAGAUUUGUUUAACAGAUUACAGAUGCAUCCAGAGGCCAAUUACAACCACAUAAAGGAGCCAAAAUGGUGGACCAAGACAGGCUAUGUUGUAAACGACGUUGUUAACAUGGUGAACAAUACUGGUGUGCAAGACUACCUGGAUCUGUAUAAUUGGGCAGGCGUCAAUAUCCAAGCAGGACUCAAUGGACGCAUUGAAAAAGACUUCAAUCCACUCAAGGGAAUAGCAGUUGAUGCCAGUCCAUCACUCAUGUGGGACAACAGAGCCAGGAACGUGGAGAAAAUGAGGGAUGGUGUCGAACCCAUGGUCCUGAUCGAGGACUUGAUUCACAAAGUUCAGCCUGGUGCAAAAAUCAUAGCCAUCAUUAGAGAUCCAACGGAGCGGCUUUAUUCCAGCUACUUGUACACUAAGGAAUCCUUUCUGUCAAAAGAACAUUUCCAUAGUUUAGUUGAAAGACUGGUCAAGUUGUUUCAGUCCUGCCUGUCUGAGAAGUCACUUCGUUUUUGUGCAUACAACCCGGACCUAAUGCAUAGUUUGAUCAAGAUACCUUUGGGGAUGUAUUAUGUCUUCUUACAGGACUGGCUGACUGUUUUCCCCAGAGAGCAGAUUUUAAUACUGCGAUAUGAAGACUACGCAACCAAUGUUGAAGAGGAACUGAAGAAAGUUUUUGAUUUUCUGAGACUCGAUCCUCUAACACCGGAAAAGGAAAAAGAGGUGUUCCAAAAGAAGAUUUAUAACACUCAGGAAGAUCAAUACGAGAAGAUAGGUCCUAUGCUUCCAACCACCAAACACCUUCUCAGGGAAUUGUACAAGCCCUUCAACAAUAAACUCGCCAGUUUACUAGAAGAUGAGGCCUUUCUCUGGAAUGAAACCUGAUUAGGUGCUGGUGUGUGCAGAUUUGUCAACAGACAUGUGGCCGGUUCUAAAGAAAACCACUAGAGGGAGACAUGUUCCAACAAAGGGAGGUAGUUUACAACAUUGCUCAGACAACUCCAGUAAAUUCAUCAUUGUUAUUGGUACACAUGGUCUUCUCUGGGUCAGCUCCGACUCUGUGAGCAAGGAUGACUCAUAUUAGUGUUUAAGAGACUGUUUGACUAAAUAUAUGUUGAUCUGCAAUGAUUAAUCUAUUAGAAAUUGAUUACUUAAUAAAUCAUCAACUAUUUUAAACAUAAA